AAUCGUAACGGAAUUCAGAAAAGGAAUCCAUUUUAAUGUCAGUUGAGUCGCAAAAUUUUAGCAAUGUGAAUUGGAUAUUUUAAUACAACAAUUACCUUUCUAAGAAGUGUAGAUCGCCAGCCACGGUGUGUUUCAGGCCAUGCAGGGUGGUCUCCUUGCAGAAGUCAGUGUACAAGCGGUUUAGUCUCACCAUGGACGAGGUGAUGGACACCAUUGUAGACUUCGUACGAGUGAGACAGCUCAAUAUCGCGGUGGCUGCUCUCAUCACACUGUUCUAUCUGAUGUACCAGUACCGAGGGUACUUCUUCAAGUCUCUGGGUGACGAUGACCUGGACCACCACGGCUGCAGGUUGUCGAGAUCGCGAUCUCGAUCACUUCAUAGAUCUCGUUCGAGGUCUAGGACCAAAGGUAACUACCACGAGUACAAAAUAGGUGAUAGCAAACAUCGCAGAGGAAGGAAGCCAACCCGCCGCUGCCCGGACUGUAGCCUGUGUAAUUCUGAAUAGUAAUUUGUAUAAAACUAAGAGUAUACAUAAGCAUAAUAUUUUUAUUUUUAACUUUUUUUUUUAUUACACAAAAAAUAUAUAUUUUACGCGGAUUCCAGGAUUUUUGCCAAUAAAAAUAACUUGUGGCUU